UCAUACAAAUGCACAACAGUGACCUUUAAAAUAAACAGAGUACACAUUUCCUACAUUUUAGAUCUGAUUAAUGAGUUGAUUACAAAAUUUUGUCACCGGUGAUCAAUAUAUCCUGGUCUAGUGAUCUGUUACUUAUUAGUAAUAGGGCAAGAUGGAUGUGGUGGCCAUUUUAAUGUCCUCAGGCAAGAUUAUGUCAACACCAAACCAUAAUUUUUGCCGAACAUAUUAAGGAAAGCAAUCCUGUGCUAUUCAGGCUAUGGCAUAUUGACAAGUUAAAACUUGAUAAUCAGGUUGCGGAACCAUUCUGUCGAUAUUUGCAUUAGAAUAUGGUCCAAAAUAUGAUGGGAUGCUUUUGGUAAAACUGGUCAAAGUCAGUGAUGUUAAAUUUGUGUAUCAACUAGAACAACUGAGAUAUUAAAGAGAUCUUAUUAUCAAAUGUGUCCUUCCUAUAUGAGGCAACAGUAGUACUUGAUUCAACGUUGCAGAAAUGCUCAUGGACGUUAUUAACAGAUCCGUCUUCACUGCUUGUCAGGAUCUUAACGCUCAGUGGAGAGUGCUCAUGGAGAGCUAGAACAAAGGUCAUAAGUAUGACCUUGCAGCAAGGCUUUUCCCAUCAGGACAAUGGUGGUAAAAGUCUAAUUAGCUGUUUGUUGAGUGUUGGAGGUGUGACACCGAAGCAUCGAUCAAUUGCUGCCACGACCAACGGAUCCUUCUGUUCGCAGUCAAUAAUGUUGGGUGAUGUAUAUGUAAUUAACAAAUACUUGAGUGUAAUACACAGUAAGUUUGUGGGCAUCGUGGGUCACGGGUUGUGAGAGAGUGAAAUGGAUGAGGUGCUGAAAUACUGCAUAUUAGAUCUUUCAGAAUAUAUAAAGCCACCGUCAUGAGCCACAGAUGCAUGGAAUCAGACACAUUCACACCUCGAUCCUGUUUGCAAUUGGAUGUUGGACCAGAUUUCCUGAGUACAGCACAAAUGAUGAAUGUCUCGGAGUUGUCGCAGUCUGGUUCUCUGGUGCUGCCUGGUUCUCCAGACGAGGGGCGGACGUGCAGCAAAGCCCCUGAAGUUGCCAGCGUCAGAGUUCAGCUGGAAAUGCAAAGCCUGUGGCGGCAGUUUGACCAGCUGGGCACCGAAAUGAUUGUAACAAAAGCUGGAAGAAGGAUGUUUCCUACAUUUCAAGUACACAUUUCAGGCAUGGACCCAGCAGCAGAAUAUGUUCUUCUAAUGGACUUUAUUCCUGUUGAUGACAAACGAUACAGGUAUGCUUUCCACAGCUCCUCCUGGUUGGUAGCAGGACGUGGAGAUAUAGCUGCCCCGGGACGAGUGCACUUCCAUCCAGACUCACCCGCACGGGGAGCCCAGUGGAUCAAACAGACGGUCUCAUUCGACCGCCUCAAACUCACCAACAACCUGCUGGACGAUAAUGGCCAUGUAAGACACACACACACAUACACACAAUAA